AUGGCUCCUUCAGUUCAGCAACCCACAACAUAUACCCCCGAUACCGAGAUCCCGCGUAUCGACGGCGGUACUUGGAAGCGAGCCCAACCGGGAACUUGGACCCGGCCGUGCUCCGGAGGCGAGACCGGUGUCUCUUACAAUCAGAAUGUUCGUGAUGGUCACACCGAGCUGUCCAUCCAGGUCCCUUUCAGCAUCGACCUCUCGACCGAGGAAUUGAUUCAGCGUUUCCGUAAUGCGUGGCUACUCUCGCACUCGCGGUUCCCCGAGAUUGCUGUUCAGCUCUCCACAGGCACUGAACUUCCCCAGAUGAUGAAGUAUGAGGUGCUCAAGUCGAACACUGAAGCCGCUGCGUGGAUGAACGAGACUUUCCACGUUGUCACCGAUCAGACUGCCACGGAAGUGGUCAACAUGACGUACAGCCGUCGCAUGCCCACCAAGGGAAAGCGCAACAUGAUGUACCUCGUCACUGGACCUAACGCGGACCCCCAAAAUCCUACUCAGCACAAUCUCGUCUGGAACGUGAGCCACGCUGUCGCCGAUGUGUUUAGCAUCGUUCAGUUCAUCAACCACUUCUUCCGGACUGUUACCCAGGUCGCUGGCGACUGGGAAUACUCCGUCAGCCAAAUCGAUUACUCGGGAGUCAUGGAACGUUUGCCCAUCAGCCCUCUGACACCUUACCAGCAGCAAUACAAGCCCAACAAGGAGCAGAUUCAGAAUGCUAUUGCCGAUGCUGCCCGCCAAGGUGAACUUUACAGCAGCAAGAUGGGCCAAUCCGUUGCCAUGUACCCCGAAGACGACGUGUCUACCCGUGAACACAAAACCCAUUGCAUUCGCCUCCAGUACUCGCUUGAAGAAUCCCGGGCUCUCCUUGCUCAGCUCCGCGAAGAGAAGAUCAGCAUCACCUUCGCCGCUGCCGCCUCGGUAGUCCUGGCAGUCAAGCAGACCUAUGCCAAGGGUCAUGAAACAGGUGCUCUCAUCGGAAUGACUCGCAACGCCCGUCGCUGGCUCGACACAAGUGGCAAGCGCGAGGCUGGCGGUAACAUCCCCGCCGCUGCAGACUGUGUCUUCCUCUGGAUCCCAUUCGAGCAGCACUGGUUCCAGGGCUCAACUCGGGACUCUGUUAUGCACAUCGCCCACGCUAUCAGAAAGGAACUCGGUCCUCACUUGGUUUCGCCACACUACAUUGCUAGCAUGAACUUCACAUCUGCCAAGGCUGUGGAGGGUCUAGCUGCCUCGACAGAGCCCUCUGCUGCGCCAUGCGCACCUGGCUUCUCGCCUCAGGGUGCCCUGAGCCUCGAGCGCCAGUUCGAAUCGCCCAGUGCUACAGUUGAUGUCCAUGAUCUUAUCCACACCGGCCGUCAAAUCAACGACUCCGCUUGGGUUGGUAUGUACUCGCUUUGGGAUCAAAUCACCUUGUCCAUCGGCUUUGAUGGCAAGUACUAUGACCCGGCUGGCAUGGAUGCGUUCAUGGCAAUGGCCAAAUCAAACCUUGGAUCUAUUAUUCCUCGUCGCUUCAAGAGGGGUAUUCGCUCCAGACUCUGA